AUGGCGCUGACGAGUCGCCUUCUGGGCGUCCUCCUCGGCAUCACAGUGCCGCUGCUCUUCUUCUCCCGUGCAGAGGGGGGUGAGGUAGGCGUGUGCUAUGGGAGGAUGGCGACUAACCUGCCUGACCCGGCGACUGUGGUGCAACUGCUCAAGAAGAACAGCAUCACCAUGGUGAGGAUCUACGACACCGACCCGACGGUGCUGCGCUCGCUGGCCGACACCGGCAUCAAGGUCACGGUGGAGCUAACCAACGAGGAGCUGCCCUCCGCUGCCACGGACCAAAAUUUCGCUGAUCAAUGGGUGCAGAACAAUGUGAAGGCCUACUACCCGGCCACGCAGAUCAAUGGCGUGACGAUCGGGAACGAGGUCUUCAAAGAGGCUAGUCAGUUGAACUCCCAGCUCGUCCCGGCCAUGAAGAAGGUGCAAGCGGCGCUGGCUCGACUGGGCCUGGCGGACGCCGUGAAGGUGACCACGCCCAUCGCGUUCGACGCGCUCAAGACGUCGUUCCCGCCCUCCGAGGGUGCGUUCCGUGACGACAUCGCGUUGUCGGUGAUGAGCCCCAUGGUCGACUUCUUGCAGGAAACCGGGUCGUACCUCAUGAUGAAUAUCUACCCGUACCUUGCGUACCUCAGUACUCCCGGCAUGUCCAUCGACUAUCUCUUGUUCCGCCCCAACGCUGGCAUUCUUGACAGGAAUAGCAGGCAAACGUACUUCAGCCUCCUCGACGCGCAGCUUGACGCUGUGUACUAUGCGAUGGAGAAGCUGCCGUCCUCCAGCCUGCGUGCUGGGGGGAUGAGGAAGCUCACAGCAGGGGGCGGAAUACUGGAGGUGAAGCUUGGUGAGAUUCACCACCCAACCAGAGGCCACCAUGGCGUGGGAACAAGAGCCAACGCCCAAGCGUUCACCGAUGGUCUCAUGAGAAAAGUGCGUGGCGGUAACUCCGGCACCACCUCAAACAGAUAUAACCGGCUCGCCACCAGUGCUGUCGGCACCCCGCACCGUCCCAACGCCGAUCUUGACGUGUACAUCUUCGAACUCUUCAAUGAGGACAACAAGCCCGAAGACGAGCAGGACUUCGGGUUGUUCUACCCGAACCAGCAGCCCGUGUACCAAGUCGACUUCGUCCAUGGCGGCACUGGUGCCGGCCCCGUGCAACCGAGCUGA